CUGCCUGUUUCCUCCUGCAGCUCUGUGUGAUUCUGGAGCCCAUGCAGGAGCUGAUGUCCAGACACAAGACAUACAGCCUCAGCCCCAGAGACUGCCUCAAAACCUGCCUCUUCCAGAAAUGGCAGAGGAUGGUGGCACCACCAGCUGAGCCGUCGAGACAGGCCCCCAACAAGCGGCGGAAGCGUAAGAUGUCAGGUGGCAGCACCAUCAGUGGAGGAGGAGGAACUAAUAAUAACAACAACAACAAAAAGAAGAGCCCUGGAAGUGGCUUCCCUCUGUCCAGCCAAGUUCCAGACGUGAUGGUGGUGGGAGAGCCCACACUGAUGGGAGGGGAGUUCGGCGACGAGGAUGAGCGUUUGAUCACACGGCUGGAGAACACGCAGUUCGACGCAGCUAACGGCAUAGACGACGAAGACAGCUUCAACAACUCUCCGGCGCUGGGCUCCAACUCGCCCUGGAACAACAAGGCUCCCUCCAGCCAGGAGAGCAAGAGCGAUAACCCCACCUCACAGGCAUCACAGUAGAGCCCAGAGCCCCGCAACCUCAACACAAACCCCUCUCUGUCGCUCCUCAGCCCCCACCCCACCCCAGUAGCCAUGACUGCAACAGUCCAUCAUCUGCUCUCCAAACCAAACACCACUGUAGUGCUCAGAUUCACACACAGGUAGCCUGAGGGAGCUCGGUCUGUCCUUCUGGGACUGUUUCACUGAGCCAGAGGAAGGUUUUUGUUUUUUUUUUCUUUUAUUACUGCUGUGACUUCCCAACAUUUAGGCACUGUGUCCCACUACUGUCUCCCUCUUUUCUCAUUUCAUACACAAAACGUCCCAUCUGCGCUUGCUAAUUUUCUGUUUAGCCAUCAGCUGGAUAGAUGUGGCUGAGCAGGAGUGGAGAUUCAACCCAAGUGGGAGAACUGUGCACACUAAACUAUCCACACUGAAGUUCACACGAAGAAACGGGUGGGGUGUAGGGAACAGUGGCAGCGGGGCUUCAAGAUGGUGGUGAGUUGCUUAGGGACGACUCAUCCACCCGUCCUCUAAAUGUGGCUCUUGAUUCUGGUCCCCUCAGCCAAAAACACAAGUCGCCCGUGAUGUUUGUUAAUAGAGUAUAUGUGUGUGCGUGCGAGUGUGUGAGGAGAGAAAAGAGGCAGCGUGAGCUCAAUUGUGACUUUGCAGAAGCAGACGGACCAGAAUUUAGAAUCAGUCCGCAAAAAAAAAAACAAAAAAAACAUUGAAAUUAACAUACUAGUAGGAGAGCUGAAAUGUGGCACUAGGGACACAUCACACACACACAAAUAAACAUAAUGAUUGAAGGAUUUUGAGUCCCCUAGUGCCCGAGCCAUCUCUGAGUAGACUGACUGCAGUCUUUCAAACAGAGAGCAUUUACAACACACACAUGCACAUACACACAGUUUCACAUUUUAAGAGUUUUUAUACAGUAUAUAUUUCCCUAGAAUGUUUUUUAAUUUGUAUUAAACGCCUUCAUUUCAAUUGUUACUUUUUUAUUUUCUACCAAUACUGAAAAGCUACAGACCAAGGAGCAACACAGGACUUUUAUCCCUCCCCCCUCUAAAAUAUAUUGUUUUUAUCUUUUAUGUUUAUAAAAGAGAAAUAAUUUAGUGUGGAUGUUUUUAUUUUGUCUUUCUGUUCCUUUUUUGGAGAUUUGAAUUUUUGUGUAUUUGUGCUUGUAUAUUUAAGGUAGUAGCAAAGUUCUGUCUGACUGUAAUAAAAUGUAUUCUUACUUAGAUUUACCUAAAGCCAUCCCGAUCUAAUGUAAAGAAACAAAAAUAGGAAAAAGGAGAAAAAACACUCAUGAACCUGUCCCCUCUACCUUGCCAUCUGCUCUCUUUCCUCCUUCCUCUUUUUUAAAACUUGUGUAAAUUAAAUUACAAAUACCCCCGGGGGUACAAUGGCACCAUGGAGAGAUGAUUUUACUGUUUUAGUUUAUGGUUUUUAAUUUAUUUUGGAGGUUUCACUCGUGUAUUUCAUCCAUACAGAAGGUGAAUUUAACAUUCAUCACAAGUUUGUGUGUUUCAGCUUCACAUUUAGUUACCCAGUAACUUUUUCAUGUGUCAUCACUGGCUAAAAACAGAUCUUUUUUUUUUUUUUUUUUUUAAGACAAAUAGGUUUCUUUCCAAAUUGUCAUUAUUUUGUAUGGUCUCAUUGAUAACUGUCAGUCAUACACACACCUUCUUAAACCAGCUUAACAUUAAGUUCAGUUUGUGUAUUUGGUAGCAGUGCUGACUCUGUAAAGUCUAAUAAAAACAGCUGAGUCUCUGUUAUUGUUUUGUACAUUUCCAUUUUGUUUGUUUCUGUUGAUUCCAGCAGCAGUUAUGAUUGAGUUUGAAUGGUGACUUGUACCUUCUCCAAACCCUGUAGAAAAAUCAUUGUUUGAUAUAUAUUUUUUGAUUUGGUUAGUUUCUGCCCUUGAUAAUUAAUGUAUGGUACCAAUAAAAUGAUACAUUUUCACUUUAAA